AGGGAAGCUGGCGGGCGGUGCCGCGGGGUGGUGAUGGCGGCGGCCGCGGCCCGGGGAGGCGGUGGCGGCGGCUCCGGCGCGUCACGGGGUUUUUAUUUCAACACGGUCCUAUCGCUGGCCCGCUCCCUGGCCGUGCAGAGACCGGCAUCCCUGGAGAAGGUCCAGAAGCUGCUAUGUAUGUGCCCAGUCGAUUUCCAUGGCAUCUUCCAGUUGGAUGAAAGGCGGAGAGACGCGGUGAUUGCAUUGGGCAUUUUUCUCAUUGAAUCUGAUCUACAGCACAAAGAUUCUGUGGUUCCUUACCUUCUUCGACUUCUUAAAGGUCUUCCGAAAGUGUAUUGGGUAGAAGAAAGCACAGCUCGGAAAGGCAGAGGCACCCUCCCAGUGGCUGAGAGCUUCAGCUUCUGCUUGGUCACUUUGCUGUCUGACGUGGCUUAUAGGGACCCUUCCCUCAGGGAUGAGAUUUUAGAGGCGCUUUUGCAGGUUUUGCAUGUCCUUUUGGGAAUGUGCCAGGCCUUGGAGAUUCAAGAGAAAGAAUACCUCUGCAAGUAUGCGGUCCCGUGCCUCAUAGGAAUCUCCCGCGCAUUUGGGCGUUACAGCAACACGGAAGAGUCCCUCCUGUCCAGGCUCUUCCCCAGAGUCCCUCCUCAUUCCCUCCACGUCCCCGAGGAGCUGGAAGGUGUACGGAGGCGGUCCUUCAACGACUUUCGCUCCAUCCUCCCCAGCAACCUGCUGGCGGUGUGUCAGGAGGGCACCCUGAAGAGAAAGGCCAGCAGCGUGUCCAGCAUCUCGCAGGUCAGCCCUGAACGAGGGGUGCCCCCUCCCAGCUCCCCUGGAGGAUCCACCUUUCACUACUUCGAAGCCUCUUACUUGCCUGAUGGGAGUGCCCUGGAGCCCGACUACUACUUCUCCACCAUCAGCUCCAGCUUCUCCGUUUCUCCUCUUUUCAAUGGCAUCACUUACAAGGAGUUCAGUAUUCCCCUGGAGAUGCUCCGGGAACUCGUAAACCUGGUGAAGAAGAUUGUUGAGGAGCCUGUUCUCAAGUCCCUGGAUGCAGUCGUAGCCAGCGUGAUGGAGGCCAACCCCAGCGCCGACCUCUACUACAGCGUGUUCAGCGACCCCCUCUAUGUGGCCACAUUCAAGAUGCUACGGGACACUCUGUACUACAUGAAAGACCUGCCCACCUCCUUUGUGAAGGAGGUCCAUGACUUCGUGCUGGAGCAGUUCAACACCAGCCAGGGGGAGCUCCAGAAGAUCCUGCACGACAUGGACCGGACCCACAGCGAGCUGAGCCCCCUGAAGCUGCGCUGCCAGGCCAGUGCCGCCUGCGUAGACCUCAUGGUGUGGGCUGUGAAGGACGAGCAGGGCGCAGAGAAUCUGUGCAUCAAGCUGUCUGAGAAGCUGCAGUCCAAGACAUCCAGCAAGGUCAUCAUUGCUCACCUGCCCUUGCUCAUCUGCUGUCUGCAGGGCCUGGGCCGCCUGUGCGAGAGGUUCCCGGUGGUAGUGCACUCGGUGACGCCAUCCCUGCGGGACUUCCUGGUGGUCCCGUCCCCCGUGCUGGUGAAGCUGUACAAGUGCCACAGUCAGUACCACACAGUUGCCGGCAAUGAUAUAAAAAUCAGCGUAACCAAUGAGCAUUCCGAGUCGACCCUGAAUGUGGCGUCAGGGAAGAAGAGCCAGCCGUCCAUGUACGAGCAGCUGCGGGACAUUGCCAUCGACAACGUCUGCAGGUGCCUGAAGGCUGGCUUGACUGUGGACGCAGUGAUCGUGGAGGCCUUCCUGGCCAGCCUCUCCAACCGGCUCUAUAUCUCCCAGGAGAGCGACAAGGAUGCUCACCUGAUUCCGGACCACACCAUCCGAGCCUUGGGCCACAUCGCAGUGGCCCUGAGGGACACCCCAAAAGUCAUGGAGCCGAUCCUGCAGAUCCUACAGCAGAAGUUCUGCCAGCCCCCCUCCCCGCUUGACGUGCUCAUCAUUGACCAGCUUGGCUGCCUGGUCAUCACCGGAAACCAAUACAUUUACCAGGAGGUGUGGAAUCUCUUCCAGCAGAUCAGUGUGAAGGCCAGCUCUGUUGUGUACUCUGCCACCAAAGAUUACAAGGACCACGGCUACAGGCACUGCUCACUGGCUGUGAUCAAUGCCCUGGCCAACAUCGCGGCCAACAUCCAGAACGAGCACCUGGUGGACGAGCUGCUCAUGAACCUGCUGGAGCUGUUUGUGCAGCUGGGGCUGGAGGGCAAGCGGGCCAGUGAGAGGGCCAGCGAGAAGGGGCCCGCCCUGAAGGCCUCCAGCAGCGCGGGGAACCUGGGCGUCCUCAUCCCCGUGAUCGCUGUGCUCACCCGGCGGUUGCUGCCCAUCAAAGAAGCGAAGCCGCGGUUGCAGAAGCUCUUCCGGGAUUUCUGGCUCUAUUCUGUGCUGAUGGGAUUUGCCGUGGAGGGGUCAGGACUCUGGCCAGAAGAGUGGUACGAGGGCGUCUGUGAAAUAGCCACCAAGUCCCCCCUGCUCACCUUUCCCAGCAAAGAGCCCCUGCGGUCUGUCCUUCAGUACAACUCAGCCAUGAAGAACGACACAGUCACCCCCGCCGAGCUGAGCGAGCUCCGUAGCACCAUCAUCAACCUGCUGGACCCGGCCCCCGAGGUGUCCGCCCUCAUCAACAAGUUGGACUUCGCCAUGUCCACCUACCUUCUGUCCGUUUACCGGCUGGAAUACAUGAGGGUCCUGCGCUCGACAGAUCCUGACCGCUUCCAGGUAAUGUUCUGCUACUUUGAGGAUAAAGCUAUUCAGAAAGACAAGUCUGGGAUGAUGCAGUGCGUGAUCGCCGUUGCCGACAAGGUGUUUGAUGCCUUCCUGAACAUGAUGGCAGAUAAAGCCAAGACCAAGGAGAACGAGGAGGAGCUGGAGCGCCAUGCGCAGUUCUUGCUGGUGAACUUCAACCACAUCCACAAGCGCAUCCGGAGAGUGGCCGACAAGUACCUGUCCGGGCUGGUGGACAAAUUCCCCCACUUGCUCUGGAGCGGGACGGUGCUGAAGACCAUGCUGGACAUCCUGCAGACCCUGUCGCUGUCACUGAACGCCGAUAUUCACAAGGACCAGCCUUACUACGACAUUCCAGACGCCCCCUAUCGCAUUACCGUUCCCGACACCUGCGAAGCACGAGAGAGCAUCGUCAAGGACUUCGCUGCGCGCUGUGCGAUGAUCCUGCAGGAGGCCAUGAAGUGGGCGCCCACAGUCACCAAGUCUCACCUACAGGAAUACCUGAACAAACACCAGAACUGGGUGUCGGGGCUGUCGCAGCACACGGGGCUGGCCAUGGCCACCGAGAGCAUCCUUCAGUUUGCCAGCUACAACAAGCAGAACACCACCCUUGGGGCGACUCAGCUCACGGAGCGGCCAGCCUGCGUGAAGAAGGACUACUCCAACUUCAUGGCAUCCCUCAACCUGCGCAACCGCUACGCAGGCGAGGUGUAUGGGAUGAUCCGCUUCUCAGACGCCACAGGCCAGAUGUCUGACCUGAACAAAAUGAUGGUCCAGGAGCUGAAGGCAGCAUUGGGCACGGGUGACCCUCAGCACUACACAGAGGCCAUGUUCAAGCUGACGGCCAUGCUCAUCAGCAGCAAAGACUGUGACCCGCAGCUCCUCCAUCACCUGUGCUGGGGUCCCCUCCAGAUGUUCAACGAGCACGGCAUGGAGACGGCCCUGGCCUGCUGGGAGUGGCUGCUGGCUGGCAAGAAUGGAGUGGAAGUGCCGUUCAUGCGGGAGAUGGCGGGGGCCUGGCAGAUGACAGUGGAGCAGAAGUUCGGCCUGUUUUCUGCGGAGAUAAAGGAAGCAGACCCCUUGGCUGCGUCGGAAGCCAGUCAGCCCAAACCCUGUGCCCCCGAGGUGACCCCUCACUGCAUCUGGAUCGAUUUCCUGGUGCAGCGGUUCGAGAUUGCCAAGUACUGCAGCUCUGACCAGGUGGAGAUCUUCUCCAGCCUACUGCAGCGGUCCAUGUCUCUGAGCAUUGGGGGCACUGCGGGGAGCAUGAACCGGCAUGUGGCGGCCAUCGGGCCCCGCUUCAAGCUGCUGACCCUCGGCCUGACCCUCCUGCACGCGGACGUGCUUCCCAAUGCGACCAUCCGCAACGUGCUCCGCGAGAAGAUCUACUCCACUGCCUUCGACUACUUCAGUUGUCCCCCAAAGUUCCCUACGCAGGGAGAGAAGAGGCUGCGUGAGGACAUAAGCAUAAUGAUUAAGUUCUGGACCGCCAUGUUCUCAGAUAAGAAGUACCUGACCGCCAGCCAGCUCGUUCCCCCAGAUAACCAGGACACCCGGAGCAAUCUGGACAUAGCGGUUGGCUCGCGCCAGCAGGCUACACAGGGCUGGAUCAACACCUACCCGCUGUCUAGCGGCAUGUCCACCAUCUCCAAGAAGUCAGGCAUGUCCAAGAAGACCAACCGGGGCUCCCAGCUGCACAAGUACUACAUGAAGCGCCGGACGCUGCUGCUGUCCCUGCUGGCCACUGAGAUCGAGCGUCUCAUCACGUGGUACAACCCACUGUCAGCCCCAGAGCUAGAGCUGGACCAGGCUGGAGAGAGCAGCGUGGCCAACUGGAGGUCCAAGUACAUCAGCCUGAGCGAGAAGCAGUGGAAGGACAAUGUGAACCUCGCCUGGAACAUCUCUCCUCAUCUGGCCGUGCAACUGCCAGCCAGGUUCAAAAACACAGAAGCUAUCGGCAAUGAGGUGACCCGUCUGGUUCGCUUGGACCCAGGAGCCGUUAGUGACAUCCCCGAAGCCAUCAAGUUCCUGGUCACCUGGCACACCAUCGACGCCGAUGCCCCCGAGCUCAGCCAUGUGCUGUGCUGGGCACCCGCAGACCCACCCACAGGCCUGUCCUACUUCUCCAGCAUGUACCCGCCGCACCCACUCACGGCGCAGUACGGGGUCAAAGUCCUACGGUCCUUCCCGCCGGAUGCGAUCCUGUUCUACAUCCCCCAGAUUGUGCAGGCCCUCAGGUAUGACAAGAUGGGCUAUGUGCGGGAGUAUAUUCUGUGGGCGGCAUCCAAGUCCCAGCUCCUGGCACACCAAUUCAUCUGGAACAUGAAGACGAACAUCUAUGUGGAUGAAGAGGGGCACCAGAAAGACCUCACUCCUUCAAGUAAAAAUGACGGUCCCUGGAAGAGGGAACAGUCAGAUGCAGGUACUCCCCUGAGACCACCACACGCUUCAGCUGACAUUGGCGACCUCCUGGAACAGCUGGUGGAAGAGAUCACAAGCUCCUUGUCUGGCCCGGCCAAGGACUUCUACCAGCGUGAAUUCGACUUCUUCAACAAAAUCACUAACGUGUCAGCCAUCAUCAAGCCCUACCCUAAAGGUGACGAGAGGAAGAGGGCUUGUCUGUCGGCUCUGUCUGAAGUGAAGGUGCAGCCUGGCUGCUACCUGCCCAGCAACCCCGAGGCCAUCGUGCUGGACAUCGACUACAAGUCCGGGACGCCCAUGCAGAGCGCUGCAAAGGCCCCAUAUCUGGCUAAGUUCAAGGUGAAACGAUGCGGAGUUAGUGAACUUGAGAAGGAAGGUCUGCGGUGCUGCUCAGACUCCGAGGAUGAGGGCAGCACGCAGGAGGCCGAUGGCCAGAAAAUCUCCUGGCAAGCAGCCAUCUUCAAAGUGGGAGAUGACUGCCGUCAGGACAUGCUGGCCCUGCAGAUCAUCGACCUCUUCAAAAACAUCUUCCAGCUGGUUGGCCUGGAUCUCUUCGUCUUUCCGUACCGGGUGGUGGCCACCGCCCCUGGUUGCGGGGUGAUCGAGUGCAUCCCUGACUGUACCUCUCGGGACCAGCUGGGCCGCCAGACCGACUUUGGCAUGUACGACUAUUUCACACGCCAGUACGGGGAUGAGUCCACGCUGGCCUUCCAGCAGGUGGGCAGCAGCGCGGCCCCACUGCCCGCCAGCCCCAGCUCCUGCAUUGGUCAGCACCCUGUUUUCCAAGUCCUCGCACGCUAUAACUUCAUCCGCAGCAUGGCUGCCUACAGCCUCCUGCUGUUCCUGCUGCAGAUCAAGGACCGGCACAACGGCAACAUCAUGCUGGACAAGAAGGGCCACAUCAUCCACAUCGCUGAUCCCAGCACGAUGGCUCUUUGGGAUAUUGCAGACUUUGGCUUCAUGUUUGAAAGCUCCCCGGGUGGCAACCUCGGCUGGGAACCAGACAUCAAGCUGACGGACGAGAUGGUGAUGAUCAUGGGGGGCAAGAUGGAGGCCACCCCCUUCAAGUGGUUCAUGGAGAUGUGUGUCCGCGGCUACCUGGCCGUGCGGCCCUACAUGGACGCCGUCGUCUCUCUGGUCACUCUCAUGCUGGACACGGGCCUUCCCUGCUUCCGCGGCCAGACAAUCAAGCUCUUGAAGCACAGGUUCAGCCCCAACAUGACAGAGCGAGAGGCCGCAAAUUUCAUUCUAAAGGUCAUUCAGAGCUGCUUCCUCAGCAACAGGAGCCGGACCUAUGACAUGAUCCAGUACUAUCAGAACGACAUCCCCUACUGAGGGGCAGAGUGCCGCAAUCACUGCUUGCUGCUGCGCACGGCCUGCCACCUCAUCCGGCGGACAGAUGGGCCGAGAUGCCCCUGCAGAGCCCGGCAACCCGCUGCCUCCCGAGGUGUCGCCUACGUGGCCCGUGUGGCUGGAAUGACAAUCAGAGCCAGUCUUUGCGCAGGUGUGAGCUGUGCUUACACUGGACACAUUCCCUACCUGUCUUGUUCUCAGAGGUACAUGAAGUAUUUUCUUGUGUAUAAAAAAUGGAAAAAUUAUAUUCAACCUAAGAUUCAACCAACGUGAACAAAAUAAAAACAAAAAAACUGCGUUGAAACCAA